UUAACAAGAGUACAGUGCUUCAGUCGUUGCCAUUCGUCAUUGCUGCCAAGGAAGUAGUCUUCAAAUCCGUUGUCUCGUUGUCUUGUCAUUAUUUUUGAUCUCCAGAGUUUCCAUAGUUAUUUACCAACUGCGAACAAAUAUCAAACUACAAACGUUAUUGAACCCAAAUUUCCAACGUUAAAUUCAACACAUUCUAAGUUUCAAGAUGCAAAUUUUUGUGAAAACUUUGACUGGCAAAACCAUCACUUUGGAAGUAGAAUCUUCAGACUCUAUUGAAAAUGUGAAAGCUAAAAUCCAAGACAAAGAAGGAAUCCCACCCGAUCAACAGCGAUUGAUUUUUGCUGGAAAACAAUUGGAAGAUGGCCGUACAUUAUCUGACUACAAUAUUCAGAAAGAAUCAACACUACAUUUGGUACUCCGUCUUCGUGGUGGAAUAUAAAUUUUAGUAAAAACAUCAGUAUUUCUUUUGAUCAACAGUGAUUGAAUUUGUCAAAAAACAAUUAAGUUUCAAUAAUAUAUAGUGUUCUUUUACUGUAGAUUAUACAAAGAUUUUAAUUAUAUAAUAAAUAAAUCAUAAAUAACAAAUUGAAA